UUUUUUUCUCUACUGUGUUAUUGACUUGUUAAUUGUUUACUCCAUGUGUAACUCUGUGUUGUCUGAUCACUCUGCUAUGCUUUAUCUUGGCCAGGUCGCAGUUGCAAAUGAGAACCUGUUCUCAACUAGCCUACCUGGUUAAAUAAAGGUGAAAUAAAAAAUAAAAAAAUUGAGAAAAAUGUGAUGGUAAGCAAGGUUGAAAUGAUUGCACUGUAUCUGUUUGGGCUUUUUGCGGUCAAUUUGCAGUCUACAAAUUAUUUGUAAUUGUGUUCCGGCCCCCUGACCAUCCGCUCAAGAACAAAUCGGCCCGCGGCUGAGUCUAGUUGAUGAUCACUGCGCUAAAAUAUCCAAUAAUCAUUCAUGGAGUCAAGACAGACCUCAGAGGUGCGUUUAGUUCGCUUGAACGUUUGCUACGUUGCUGAACGGUUUGUUCGGAACAACACUCUUCCCCAAAACGUUAUUGAACAAAGUUUGAGUUAUUUUUGGUGGGUGUGGUUUGAAGCAAUGUGUGACGUGUUUAAAUGGCAGUGGCCAUGCUGACUGCAUUCACCAUCUCCCAACCCCUCCUUGUUUUUCAACUGGUCGUUCAGUAGCCUUUUCUGUUCAAUUGCUCGUUCCAGAACGUAAAUCAUACCGAACGCAACCCAGACCAGUACACUAAACCAUCCGCAUAGGAUGAUGAGUGUGAUGAUGCAGAAGAUUGUGAUUAUGAAGAUUGUGACAAUGAUAAAGAUUGUGCUGACAGGAUAUGAUGACAAUUAUGACGAUGAUAGGAUGACGAUUGUGUGGAUUGUGAUGCAAAAAAUUGUUGUGACUAUGAAAUGAUGAUGAUGGUCUGUUUACGUAAUCCACAUAGUCCAAUGUAUAUACAAUAUGUAAUUUCAAAUUUAGCUGACUAUAUGGAUUACAUUGUUGUCUAAGCCUAUUGCCAUGUGAUAUGAAAUGUUUCUACAUAAAGGAGAUUACAUCAAGACCAGUGCUUUCUGUAGAUUGUGUCCCCUUAAUUACUCCUCCCGAUACUAAUCCAAAUUAUUUGUCUUGCUCUAUAGGUGGUUGGACAGACGUUACGAGUGUGGGAUUAAACAGAUUGAUUUUGUACAGGGAGAUUAACACAGAUUAAUGAGGAUUACGAGUCUACAGAGAGGUAGACGAAUCAUUAUAUCAAAUCACAAUCUUCCUGAGAAAGCCGAGAUGCACGGGAAGAACAGAAUGUUUCCCGAGAAAAAGGAGACAGGAUAUAAUAAAUAAUUAGUGGUUCUGUAAAAUGUAAGUGUUUAUCUUCCAGGACCCAACUGUAUACCAACGAACACAUAAUAAAUCCACGUCAUAUACUGGAAAUAUGGGAUGUAGCAUAUGGACGUAAAAUGUAAGAAGUGAAUUAUAUAUAUUUUUCUUCCCAAAUCAAAAGCUCUCUGCCUGGUUGCCUCAGUUCAAUGACUGCUUUCAUUUGUAAAUUAUUCAUCACAAGUUGUUAUUGCGGGACCACAGCUGGAUCAGCGUGUAAAGUGUGGAGGAAUAUCGAAAGGACUAAUUGAAGGUGACAGAGGCUAGCUAGCCCUCAUCCAGUCCGUCUGGCUCGGUGAAUAAAUCCUCCCCUCUAUUGCCCUCUUCUUCUACUUCUUCCAUCCCAUAAUUUUCUCACAGUUUCCUAAUCCCACUCUGCCAUACCAUCCCUUUGUCAAUCCCCCUUUCUCUACUCUAUAUCGCUUCAUUCCAUUUCCCUCAUUCGGCCUUGUCAUUGAGUCCUCCCACCGGUUCCCUCCUCAUCGUCAUCACUGCCCUCACUCUAGCUGAUCUCUCAUCUGUCAUCCCUGUACCCGUCCUCUAACCAGCCCCCAUCACCCUGUUUCACCAUCAUUCGUCUCAAGCUCCUCUUGAGACACCCCGUCUCUCCCCCGACCUCUGUCUCUCCAUCGGAGGGCCACUUUUUCUCUUAGCAGUGGCCCCUGUCCCACCCCCAUAAGCCACCAUGCUGGAGAACAUGUCACGAUGCAACCGCUCCCUGCUCUCCCUGUCCCUGACGUCACUGGCCCUGGCAUUGUCCAUCCUGGCCUUCUGCACCUCGUACUGGUGCGAGGGGACCCACAAGGUUGCCAAGCCCCUCUGCCUCUCCCCGGUCAAGUUGAAGAACUGCGGACAGAACAACAGCCAGCCCUACACCACAGAGACUCCCACUCUGGACCCUAAGAAGCCGUCAAACAACAUCACCUUGUCGCCCCUGGAAAAGGAAGAGCAGGCGAGGCUUGAGAAAAAGGCCCUCGCCAACGCAGUGCACUACAUCUGGGAGACAGGCGAGGAUAAGUACAUGCUGCGCUACUUCCACACAGGUUUCUGGUUGUCCUGCGAGGCACACAACGAGGAGGAGAAAUGCCGGAGCUUCAUUGAAUUAACUCCAGGAGAGACACAAGGGGUGCUGUGGCUGUCAGUAGUAUCAGAGUUUGCGUACAUAGGCCUGUUGGCCAUGGGCUUUCUCCUCAUGUGGGUGGAGGUGCUGUGUCUCUGUGCCCAUAAGGAGAUGUACGCUCUCAAGAUCAACGCCUUUGCCGCAAUAUGCACUGUCCUUUCAGGUCUGAUGGGGAUGGUGGCUCAUAUGAUGUACACCACAGUGUUCCAGAUGACUGUGAGCAUUGGGCCAAAAGAUUGGAGACCACAGACCUGGGACUACGGCUGGUCAUUUGUUCUAGCCUGGAUCUCCUUCAGCUGCUGCAUGGCGGCGGCCGUCUUCACCCUCAACUCCUACACCAAGACGCUGAUAGAGAUGAAGCACCGCACCCGCGUUCGUCUGGAGGAGGCCCGGGCGGCCAUCCAGGCCCCCUCGUACGACGAGGUGUUGCAGGUGGCCGGGGGCGCCUGCUCAGUCAGCAGCCUGCUCCAGCACUGCAAGCAGGGGGCGAUGAUCGACCCCGGUCCGGGGGUUCCAGAUCACAGAGGGCUGGUGAUGAUGGCUGGUGGCUGUGGGACAAAGGGGUGUGAGGACUGCGAGAGAGAGAUGGAUGAGAUUGAGGAUGCCCUGGAUAGGGAAGAGAGGGAGGAGAUGGAGGGAGAGGACUGUGGGAGGUGCUGAGGGAAGGGAGAGGUUAAAAAGAGGUUCUAGCCACCUGGAACUUAUUUUUGUCUUUUAUUUUUUACUGUUUUGAAAUUGAACUGUGAAAUGGACUGUGCUUGAUUUCAGUACCUCAACCCAUAAAUUAAAUAUGAGUAGAUAAAGCUCUACAACCACACUCAGAUUGACAUGUAUUGUCUGGGAAGAGAUCAAUAGAGACAAUCGCUAAGAAAUGCCUGGCAUUGGCCACAUUUAACAUAUAUAUUAUAUAUUAUUUUUAUUGUAUUGAUGGUAACCCUGUUAUUACUAUCCUGAUAUUGAUAGUAACUGUGGUGACAUUGUGAAUAAAAGUGGU